AUGUCUUCUGUAGAUGUGUGUUGCAGUCAUGUUUUCAUUCUUUUUGCAGGUAUCUCUGGUUUCCCUGGUUUUGAAGGUCAGCGAGGUGAUCGAGGCGAUUAUGGACCAGACGGAUUUCCAGGUGGACCUGGUCUAAGAGGAGAGAACACCCAAGGGCCCCCUGGUCUUCCUGGUCCUCAGGGACCUGAUGGCAGACCAGGUCGCAAAGGUCAGCCUGGAUCAUUAGGUGCUAAGGGUGAGCGAGGUUUCACAGGAGAGUUUGGCCUUCGUGGAGAACCAGGAGACCCAGGAGUCCCAGGAGUACCCGGCAGGAAAUUCAAUGGUUACAAUGGCAGACCAGGAAGGGGAGGUUCUCCAGGCUCCCUAGGGCCUCGUGGUGAAAUUGGAGAUCCAGGACCAGGUGGAGUGAACGGACCACCCGGACCACCAGGUAUCAUUGGAGUGAGGGGAGUACCAGGAGAUUUAGGAGAUCUAGGACCAAGUGGUUUCCCAGGAUUCCAAGGAAGACCAGGACAAAAUGGAAUGUUUGGAAACCGAGGACCAAGGGGACUUUCUGGAGGCCCUGGUGAUGCAGGUUAUCCUGGAUUUCAAGGAAUGGAAGGCAGCCGAGGAUUUGAUGGAAAUCCAGGACCGGAGGGAAACAUUGGAAACCCUGGUCCAAGUGGUCGAGUUGGAGAACCUGGUAUCCCGGGAGCAGAUGGUUUCCCUGGAGGUCCAGGUCUAGCCGGAGCAGAUGGUGAAAGGGGCCAGAUGGGUGGUAUAGGAGACGUAGGACCCCCUGGACCUGGGGGAGAACCAGGACCUAGAGGAGACUUUGGAACUCCAGGCAUACCAGGAAACUCAGGUCUAGUUGGACUGCCGGGCAGACGAGGAGAAACUGGUCCAGAUGGUCCAUCAGGUGAGACCGGACCUCUUGGAAUCAAAGGAUAUCCAGGCAACCCAGGACGAAACGGUUUCCCAGGUCUGCGUGGAGCCAGAGGAGAAAAGGGAGAUGAUCCUGAAAUCAGAAUCCCCACAGAGGUCAAUAGAGGUGAAGCAGGAGCCCCAGGAGAUCCAGGACCAACAGGACUAGGAGGGAUAGUCGGAGAUGUAGGUCCCCAAGGAGGAAAUGGUUUCCCCGGUCGUAGAGGAAUACCCGGUAUAGAGGGUCCACCAGGACCUGAGGGAGAACCAGGACUACCAGGUCUAGUUGGAUUCCGAGGACCAAUUGGUGAAGAUGGACCCAAAGGAGGACCAGGUCCUAAUGGAGAGACAGGUGAAUCCGGAUUGAAGGGCUUCCCAGGAUACAACGGCAUCCGUGGUCAGAAGGGUAACUCUGGACGAGGAGGCUUCCCAGGAUUCCCUGGUGAACCAGGCGGAGCGGGAGAGAUAGGAUCCCAAGGUCCUCGCGGGGCGAAAGGUUACCCUGGUCUUAAAGGAGACCGUGGAAUAACAGCUCCAAUAGGAAGCAGAGGAGAACCAGGAACACCAGGAACACCAGGAGGGCCAGGAGAAAGAGGUUAUCUAGGUAGGCCUGGAUUUGAAGGUCCUAAAGGUCUACAGGGAAUGAAGGGAGAUCUUGGUGAGCAAGGACAACCAGGUCCCUUACCACCAGACCUUGGACCAGGCCCACAAGGAAUGCAAGGAGUUCCAGGAAUACCAGGCUUGAGAGGUUACAAGGGAUUUGUUGGAGACUUUGGAGUAAUAGGAGUAAUUGGAGAAAAAGGAACAAAGGGAAGGCCAGGAAUCUUUGGACUCAAGGGUGCCCCAGGACCUCCAGGUCAGCCUGGAUUCAAUGGAGUGAAAGGAGAUGGAGGAGAUCCUGGUCUUGCCCAGAAAGGACUGAAGGGAGAACAAGGAGAACAAGGAUUUGCUGGGUUCCCAGGAAGGAUUGGUUUACCAGGCAUCGAUGGACCGCUGGGACCUCCAGGACCCAAAGGAAGAGAUGGUCUAUUUGGAGACUUUGGUCCAUCUGGUCUACCAGGGCGCAAUGGAGAGCCAGGAAUGCCAGGUUUCCCGGGAGACAGUGGAGAGUCUGGAUAUGGAGGACGACCUGGAUCACCUGGUCCUAAGGGAAUGGGAGGAAACACCGGUAUCCGGCCCAACCGAGGGCACUUCAUCACCCGUCACAGCCAGUCCAGGAAUGUACCCUCCUGUCCCGCAGGCACCGUGGAACUGUGGCGUGGAUUCAGUGUUCUCUUCUCCAUGGGCAAUGGCCAUGCUCACCAUCAAGAUCUAGGUGAUGCUGGCUCUUGCUUGCAACGUUUCAGCACCAUGCCCUUCCUCUUCUGCAACUUCAACAACGUCUGCAACUACGCCAGCCGCAAUGACCGCUCCUACUGGCUGACCACCAACGAGCCCCUUCCCAUGAUGCCCCUGAUGAACCAACAGAUUGACCCUUACAUCAGUCGUUGCACUGUGUGUGAGGCUCCCACUCAAUCCCUUGCGAUUCACAGCCAGUCACAGGAGAUUCCACAGUGUCCAGGAGGGUGGAGGAGUCUAUGGACAGGGUACAGUUUCACUAUGUACACAGCAGCUUCUGAAGGCGGUGGCCAAGGCCUUGAAUCCGUCGGCUCCUGCCUGGAGAACUUCCGUGCCACGCCUUUCAUCGAGUGCAAUGGCAGAGGUAACUGUCACUUCUUCUCAAACGAAUACAGCUUCUGGUUAACAGUCAUCGACGAGGAAGACCAGUUUGCCAUUCCCAGGAAACGCACUAUCAAAUCAGGACAGCUACAGUCGGUGGUCAGCCGCUGCAGAGUGUGUCAAAAAGUCAACUAAACUAAGCCCCAUUCUUCACCAAUUCAGUUAGACUAAACAAGGUUCAUGGAAUAGAGAUUCAGAAACAACUUAUAUAAGUUUAGACAGAGGGUUGACAGCAGAGGAACACCAUUCAAUCUAAACAAGCGAAAGUAAAUGCUUUGGGACCCCUGUUACAUGGAUGUAAUAGAUGGAAGCAGAGCUGCAGAGUCGGUCUGAUUGAUAGUCAAUUGGGUUCUUGGUUAAAAUGUUCAGCAACAAAAUAUUUUAGGUUUAGACGAAGGGUUGCAGUCAAUGGAACACCAUUUAGUAUUAAAAAAAAGGUAAAAUACAAUGCUUUCAGACCCCUCUUGAGUGGAGGAAGAUGAUGGAAGCAUAAGGAUGUGUACAUGACCAUUCUGAAUGUUGGCAAGACCUGGAGAAAGAGUUACCACCCUAACACUGAGGUGUUGCAAGGAAGAUGUCCGCAACAUUUGUCUAAUCCAAGCUUACCCACGCCGAAAGAAAGAAAAGCGUUGCAUCAUUAAUCAGGAGUCAUAGCAUAAGACCUUCAUGGACAUCAUUUAGAGCUGUACAUUGUGAAUUCAUCACAACAUAGGAUGUAAUUUUUUCAUUUCUUUUAAUGACACAAAAUUGGAUUUAUACUCACAUAUGCAAGAUUGAGAUGCUACAUGUACUUUUUAGUUAUUGUUAAUUUAGGCAGGACUAAAUUGAUAAAUCUGUAUGUUCAAAUGAUUAGAAUAAGAUUUUAGAUUCUUAACAAAGGAUUGUCUGUUAUUGACAUUGGAUUCAGAUAAAAUUACUGAAUUCUGCUCUUAAAUUGGGAAAAUAAGGGUCAAGUUUUUUACAAGGAAAUACUGCCAUUUUUUAUUUUGAAAGUGAACUUUAGUAUGGGGUUUUAUUCUAGUGCUAUACAUCAUACUGAUACCAUAGAUAGUCCAUGUUGAACAUUUUAUUUAAAGGGUACUUAAUAUUGUACACCCAGUCAGUCUUUUCAACAUCAUACUUUUGUAGCAUUUCACCAUUGGAAUGAAUCUUACAUAUUGGUAUGUAUAUACUCUCACUCUUCCCUCACAUUUGAAUAUAGCAAUUCCAUCUGUAGAUAGGAGUAACUUCGUUUUUAAUUGUUUUGAAACAUCACUUCUAUUUUCUCAUAAAAUCAUCUUCUCUGAGUUUGUAGUGUGUGCUAUUAGCUUGUGAAUUAUACAUGUAAUUAAUGUACAUUGUUAUAACAAGAUUGCCAUCCCUUUUAUAAAAUAUCUGUGCCUUCUUUUUCUUGCUUGUUUUUUUAUAUCAUGCAUUAUUGGCUGACUAUUAUGGAAGAUAAAAUUGUGUGUUAGUUGUAGAUCUUUUACUGCUCGUGAGGGCAGGAUACGUUCCAAUGGGUGUAUUUAUUCUGAUAAGCUCUUACUCGAACCGUGGCAAGAAUUUUUAACCUCUAUGACAAGACCUGUAUGAUAAAAAUAUUUCAGACUUAAAAGGGUGGGGCAUUGCAAAAAACAUUUAGUCAAGAGAAGACCAGUGAAUUUUGAUGCUCAAUCUUGCCUGUGUAUUGCCAUAGUUACUAGUAUGUAUUGUCAAAUCAAAUGAAAUCAUGCAUUAUCAACUGUAAAGGAAACAUAAAAAAAAUCACUGACACAAAUUGUAUUAUGUCUUGUAGAUCAUGUCUUCUUGCCAACCACAGGUUCAAAUACAUGUAUGAAUAUUGUGAACUAUGCAAAGUUUCAUACCUGCUGCAUAUGAAGUGUGUAUUUUUUGUAAGACAAUGACAAAAAUGGUGCUAACGAUAUUCAUGUGAUAUGUUUUUGUACAAAUGUAUCCUCACAGACUAGCUGUCAUCACAAAUAUUGGUUUAUUUCUUUGCGUUUUGUUUAACUAUCAAGAUGAGGAACGAUGCUAAUUCAAAAUGUGUUAGAAUGAAUUUUUAAGACAGUGUCUCGUGUUCUAGUGUUUUUAUAGUUUAGGUAUGGACAUAACCUCAUGUAACACCUACAGUCACAGAGGAACCUUGUAUAGAUUUGUGUUGCUUCUGUCGUAUCCAAUUAUUAUAUGAAUAUAUUUAUGAAUCAUGUACAAAGAGCUAGUUAGAACAGAGUUACUACUUGCAUCCACAUAGUUCAUUUAGUUGUUUAAUUUAAAGUACAAUCCAGUUUGAUAGAAUGUGUGAGCCUCCAUAUCUAGAACAAAAGCUUCAUUUAAUUUGGCGUCUGCCAUUUUAUUGCCUAACUUACAUAUUUUUUUGCCUCGAUAGUGACCUUUCCUUGUAUAUCAUAUACAUAGUUUGUUUAUUUUAUGAGGAUAGCACAUGUGUUUGUGUGAUGGGAUAUAUCAAGCAGCCAGAGAGUAUGAUAAUCAGUUUCGCUAUCUUUCAUUGUGGGUUGGGCAAUUUGUUCAGACAUUGGUCAUAAUCUAAGUUAUUGCCGUUUUUAACGUCUCAGUUAUGAUGUUGUCAUUUAUUGCAUCUGGAUACAAUAAAAAGUAAAUGACAAAUCAAA